UUACAUGUUGAGAUUUUUUAUUCCACUCCCAAACAAAACCAAUGUGAAGAACAAACCCAAAGAAAAAAACACAACAAUAACUUCACUUUUUGUGUUUUUAUUUUACCUAUAUCCAAUGUUGCACUCUUAUUUACACUAUAAUCACAAGUUUCUCUUCCCAAAUCUACCUGUUUCUCUCACCACACACCAUUUUUCUUCACCAUCACCCCUUGUUCAUGACUUUGUCCAUAGACCAACAUGUAAUUCUCACACUGUUUCUGUUUCUGCCAUUAAUCCUCUUCAUGUUGAACUUUCACCGUGGCUAACCAAAUUAACUACAUCAACAGUGGAAUUAGGCACCGUUUUUGAUGCUAUUGAUGACUCUUCUUUGAAUCAAGUUACUUUCAGUGUUAUUCUCAGUGCAGCCAUUGCUGUGUUGUUCUUUCCCACUAUCCAACGCAGGAUCAAAACAGCAAAACAACUGAAAUAUAGGUCUUCUGGAGUAAAGAAGUCAUCAUUGAAUAGAUCAAAAAGUUCUAAGAAGUCCAAUAAACGGCCUUCACCAGAUCAAGCAUUCUUGGGAGCAAUUAUAGCGGGUGUUAUUGCAGUCAUUCUCUAUAGAUUCACAACUACUAUUGAAGCAUCACUAUAUCGCCAAUCAAUUUCAGAUAAUUUUUCGGUUCGCCAGAUAACAAUCACCAUAAGGACAGUGAUAAAUGGGUUGUGUUACCUUGCUACAUUUGUGUAUGGCAUAAACUCUUUUGGUUUAUUGCUUUAUUCUGGACAACUUGCCAUCAACACCUAUGUGAAAGAGUCAUCAAGUGAGAAAAAAAGUAGUGACAGCAAAAUUAUGGAGCAGUCAGUUUUAUCAAAUUCAUCAGAUGAAGAUCAAAGUUCAAAUAAUUCACAGUAAUCAAAGUUCGGUUUUUGGCACAUUUUGGAUAUUUAGUAAGUGUUUAGGGUACUGUGUUUAUAUACAUGUGCAUAAUAUUUGUAAAUAGAGAUACUAGCAUUUACACUCGUUUCCACAAUUUUACAUA